UCUAUUAAGCAUCGUUGUUUAUAUAUGAUUUUCAUGCCAUACCGGUUUACCUGAUGACCGUUAUCGACCAUCCUAUUAUUUUGUUUUUCAAAGGACAAGUUCUGGUAUAUUAAUCCCUAUGUAGCUGUGCUACCUAUCAGUGUGUAACAAGAUUCAAACCUGAAAACGAACGAUUUUGUAUCCAACUCAACAACCAAAAUGUUGAAGAUCUUGUGCUUCUUACUGGCUAUAUCGGCCUUAAGUCUAUCCAAAAAUCCAGACGAUUACAAGAAAGCCGAGUCAGUGUAUGACUUCACCGCAACGGACAUUAGUGGAAACGAAGUAUCUCUGGAUAAGUACAAGGGACAUGUCCUGGUCAUCAUCAACGUGGCUACUAACUGCACCAUGACCGAAAGAAACUAUAAACAACUUAAUGAAAUCUAUGACAAAUUUGGACAAAGCAAAGGGUUAAGAAUUUUAGCAUUUCCCUGCAAUCAAUUUAUGAAUCAAGAACCAGGCACCAACGCAGAAAUUGCCGCGUUUGCAAAAAGUAUGAACGUUAAAUUCGACAUGUUUUCCAAAAUUGAAGUUAACGGAGAUGGAGCUCAUCCUCUGUACAAAUAUCUAAAGUUCAAACAGCCUGGUACCAAGGAAAAUGAUGACUCUAUCGAAUGGAAUUUUGCUAAGUUUAUUAUUGAUAAAAAUGGACAGGUUGUGGAAAGACACGUGCCUCAAGAUAAUCCAUUGGAUCUCAUCCCAUCUUUAGAAAAAUAUUUUUAAAUAUUGUAAUUUUUCAAUAAUAGAUAUCUUGUUUAAAUAUUUGUCAAAAAUAAAUGUUUUAUAUAC